GCCGCAGUGUCCAGCAGGGGGCCUUCUGCAAGGAUCUCCGGCUCCAGCCCGCCGCCUACCGAGGGCAUGGCCGAGGAGCGCCCCGGGGCCUGGUUCGGUUUCGGCUUCUGCGGCUUCGGGCAGGCGCUGGGCUCGGGCCGCGGGCGCCAGGUGCACAGCCCCGAGCGGCUGCGCGCGCAGGACGCAGGCGCCGACGUCGGCAGCGUGAGCGCCAGCUGGAGCUACACCGCGUUCGUGAGCCGUGCCGGCCGGGUGCAGCUGUCCGGCUCCGCGGGCGGCGCGGCAGACGGCUGCCGGGACGCCUGGGCCUCGGAGACGCUCCUCGUGGUGCUGCGCGACAGGCCGGGACCUGGGCCCGGGGCCGAGCUGCAGGCCUGGGCGCCCGGCUCGGCCCUGCGCGGGGAGCCCCUCUGGGCCCAGACCGUGGUGCCGGAGGCCAAGCGGGAAGAAGGGCCGGGCGCUGAGGCCCAGGCCGGGCCGCUGCCCCUGCUGCCCUGCGCCCGCGCCUACGUGAGCCCGCGGCCGCCCUUCUGCCGGCCUCUGGCCCCGGAGCUGCGGGCGCGUCGGCUGGAGCUGGGCGCGGAGCACGCGCUGCUGCUGGGCGCGGCGGGGCAGGUGUUCUCCUGGGGUGGCGGCAGGCACGGCCAGCUGGGCCACGGGACCCUGGAGGCCGAGCCGGAGCCGAGGCCGCUGGAGGCGCUGCAGGGCCUGGCCGUGGCCGAGGUGGCCGCCGGUGGCUGGCACUCGGUGUGUGUGAGUGAGACUGGGGACAUUUAUAUCUGGGGCUGGAAUGAGUCAGGGCAGCUGGCCCUGCCCACCAGGAGCCUGGCGGAGGACAGAAAGACAGUCACAGGGGAAGCCACUGCGCUGAAGGAAGCUGGUUCUGAAGUGACGGGACCAGCCCGGGCUGAGGAUGGAGCCCCUGACCCCUUCAUAGCGGUGCAGCCCUUCCCAGCUUUACUGGAUCUGCCCCUGGGCUCAGACGCGGUCAAGGCCAGCUGCGGAUCCCGGCACACGGCAGUGGUGACCAGAACUGGGGAGCUGUACACCUGGGGCUGGGGUAAAUACGGACAGCUCGGCCACAAGGACACGACCAGCUGGGAUCGGCCUUGCCGUGUGGAAUACUUUGUAGAUCGGCAACUCCAAGUAAUGGCUGUGAGGUGUGGGCCCUGGAACACCUAUGUGUAUGCAGUGGACAGAGAGAAGAGCUGAUGUAUAUAGACAAGGGCAUACAAAUGUAGAAUAGAAAGUUAUAAAGCUGACAACUGUGAAACUCAAACCCAAGUCAAGGAAAACCAUGGCCAGCGCCCGGAGGCCCCACAUGUGCUCCUCCCAGCAGAGCCCUCUGGUGGCUUCCUCGCGGGGAAGCAUCCUGAGAGCUCUGGAAAGGGGCGCUCCGGGCCACCGUCGCAAUGAAAUCAGAACCUCAGGAUGUAGGUCCAGACAGGCCCAUUUGAAAGUUCCCCGUGCUACCUGUGUGCACCCUGGCACAACAGUUUAGAGCAUCUGCUUUUGGACCUUAGGUGAAUGGAAUCAUCGUGACCUUUUGUGCCUUGUUUUUCCAGUCAACACUGCAUGAUCCCCCCAUUGUGCUCUGCAGUUCACUCAUUUUUGUUAUGUGGUAUUCCAUUGCAUGAACAUUAUUACUCAACUGUUUUGGUUGAUGGUCAUUUUAUUUCUAUUUUUCAUUGAGGUAAAUAAAUUUACCAACUUAUCAUUUGAAAAAAAUGUUUUUA